AUGUUCUCAAAGUUCAAAAGCAGCGGCGGUGCUCAAAGUCCCUUAGAAACGAACCCUAUUGGACAAUUUUUCGAAAUUGGAAAGCAAAUCGCUAGUGCCGGACCUGAGUUGGUGUGGAGGAUCCACGACGCGUACAGGAAAAGCGACGGGAAGGAAUGUUCCGUCUUCCUCUUCGAGAAACGGUGUGCGGAGAAGCUCCACAAGCCCAAACGGAAAGAGACAGUGACGGAGAUAUUAAGGAGCUCGGUCAGGCAACUCGAGAGGUUCAGACACCCCAAAAUUCUCCACGUGUUGCACCCGAUUGAAGAAUGCGCCGACACCCUGGCUUUCGCCUCGGAGCCGGUGUACGCCAGUCUAGCUAAUAUCUUGGCAUAUCAGGAAGGUAGCGGGAAUCAUGGGGGAAUCACUACCACGGGAGUGCAACAACCUGCGACGCCGAGACCGGCGCAUUCCCGAGAAUAUAGCUUUCUAGAUAUCGAAUAUAAAUAUGGCAUACUUCAGAUAACGGAGGCAUUGUCUUUCCUUCAUUACUCCGGCCACGUGUUACACCGAAACGUGUGUCCUGCCAGCAUCCUGGUUACCAAGAAAGGGACGUGGAAACUUGCCGGCCUUGAAUUCACAGAACGUGUAAAUGACGUAGAUGGAGUAGAGCCCGUACCUUGUCAACCGUGGACAUCAAGGCUGUCAAAAAUGGCACAACCAAAUUUAGAUUAUACAGCUCCAGAGACCCAGACGCAAUCUGUGUGUAGCAUCUUAAGUGAUAUGUUUUCAUUGGGGAUGGUGAUAUGUGCCAUUUUUAACAAUGGCAGGCCACUCAUUCAAGCGGGGAACUCUAGUUCGGCUUAUCUUAAACAACUGGAACUUCUGGAAGAUCAAGUGCAUAAUAUAAUGCCGAGGGUUCCCGUUCCCCUCCAAGAGGCAUCAGUCCGACUCCUGAGCAAGGACACCAGGCAACGACCUACGGCCCAACUAUUAACCCUCAUCAAAUAUUUUAGUGAUCCAGCGGUACACGCUCUACAGUUCCUGGACGUGAUAAAUAUGAAGGAUCCUACGCAAAAGGCGCACUUUUAUCGCAACACGCUAAAGGAGGCUUUGCCCUUUAUCCCAAAGAAAUUGUGGUAUCAACACGUAUGGCCCUCGCUACAACAAGAAAUGAGGACUCAAGAGGUGCUUGCCGCGGUUUUGCAGCCCGUGUUGUACUUAAUACAAGAGUCUACAAUUGAGGAAUAUGAGUCCAUUAUUCUUCCGUCCUUUAGGAGUGUGUUUUCCGCUCCGAAAACUGUUCAAGCCACCGUAACUCUUUUGGAAAAUUUGCAUAUAAUACUGGAAAAAACCCCAAGGGAUGAUAUUCGAACCGAGGUCUUGCCCAUGCUUUACAAUGCGUUCGAAAGCACAACGAUACAAGUACAGAGUGCAGCGCUGGUAGCCGUGACGAACGUGUCCGAGUAUCUAGACGAAACAGCAAUAAGAAGAAUGAUACUGCCGAAAACAAAAGUGAUAUAUGAAAAGAACCAGGGGGAUUUAAAACUUGUGUCGAAUGUGCUUUCGUGUGUUGAAAGGACUUUGGAUAGAUUGGAUAAAGCCCAAAUUAUAGAUGAAGUUUUGCCUCUACUCUACGACAUUCGACUGUCUGAUCCCCAGAUCACAUUAAGGGUCGUAAAUAUAUACCGACUGAUGCUCAGCGACAAAAAAUACGGACUAUCUGUUAAUUUAAUGGCCACCAAAGUGAUGCCUUCUCUCCUACCGCAGACUGUGAAUCCCUCGCUUAAUUUGGAACAGUUUACGAUACUCAUAGAAGUCUUGCAAGAGAUGCUGGACCAGAUUGACCGGAAUCAGAGGAACAAGCUGAAGUUGGACAACCUCUCGCUUCCCAGUCCCGAAAGACACAGGCCCCUGAGGCAUCAAUAUAGCUCGGAUAACAUGCACGUCCCGCCAUUCAAUAUUCCCAAUUUACGGAUCGAACAGAGGAAGACUUCGAGUGCAGAGGAUAUGGCUAGAAAGAACUCUACAGGUAUGUUGGGUGGUUGGUGGUUCGGCGGAUCUCCCUCGUCGCCCGACAGUAACUUCUUGAGAGUCGUAAACGCGUUCCCGAACAGAAGACUGUCCGACAACACGCUAAUGACCCCCAAAAUCCGCAUAGCCCCGUCGUGUGCAUCUUCGCCCGGAGGGACACCAGGAGGCGGCCUGCCGAUCCGCAGACAUUCCAGUAUAGGACCUCAAGAGAGAAGGGGUUCGACAGUAAAUCUCUCGCCGCCCACGGGUGCAAUAGGGUACAGCUCGGUGUCCCGAGAGGGCUCGAGCCUGUCGGUGCCGUCGUCUUAUCUUGCACGGAGCAUGAUAGGAGGUUCGAUGCCCAACACGAGCAGCAGCGUCCCGUUCUUGUUGAGCAGUAGCAUGCAGAGCAUCAGAUCCAGACGGCCAUCCGCAGUUCUAGGCGGCUCGCAAGGCUCGGGGCUGUUGCAGCAGCUCGGCUCCGGCAUGUACCAGCUAUUUGCCGGACGCCAAUAA